GAAAACAAGAUGUCUACCAGCGCAGAUAAUGAUAUUAUUAGUCUUAACUUCCACUACCAUAAUGCAGGAAAUAAGAACGUAAUUUUUGUGAUUGAGAUUUCCAAGGAUAAAACAGUUUCUGAUCUUGAAGAAGAAGUAAGAAAGAAGCUGGGAUCAAUCAACCGUAACGACUUCCUCCGCCAAAUUUAUCCUGAGGAGAAGCCUAUGCGAACAGAAGAUAGGAUUUUUUCCUAUUUUAACGAGACUCCUGAUGAAGACCGUAUUCAUAUCCGAAUUCUUCCCUAGCGACUAGUUAGAAUUUUAUUUCAUAAAUAAAGUAUUAUU